GCAAGAUCUGAAUAACGUAUUCAUAGUUCAGUGCCUUCGUCUUCGCUGCCGAAGUCAUGGUUCCUGCCCAUGGCUCGCUACGUCUGCUCUCCUUGAUAUUCCUUUUCCGAUAUGCUCCCUGCACUGAUGCAGGGACACCACUACUCGACAAUUCAUGUGUUGAGAUUGUCCUCCCAGACUUAAUAGGAAUUGGAUCAUGCUUGAGUGACCAUUUCAACAUGUGCAAUAAACAAUCUACUGGAUUCGUGCAAAUAGGCUUAGAAUUAAUAAAAUGCGUCUUGAAAGGCCUGUUUUCCCUUCUCAAGAACGGCCUGGUACAGAUUGGCAGUCUCGUAAAGACCGUUCUGAGGAUCUUCUUUUCAGCACUCUCUCUGAUUGGACUUGACGAUCUUGCUGGUAUGGCCUCAAAGGCCAUCUGCGACUUCAGCAAAACUGUGGGUCCUCUACUUAGAGGUCUGACCAACCCUCUAGGAGGGCUACUAGGAGGAGGAACAACGGGAGGUCUUUUCAAAGGAAGUGCAGCAGGAGGCCUCCUAGGAGGAGGGACAACUGGAGGUCUUUUCAAAGGAAGUGCAGCAGGAGGCCUCCUAGGAGGAGAUAAAAAUGAAGGAGAUAGUGGUGAUACUAAGGCCACAGGAGGUCUUCUUGGAGGAGGCGGUCUGCAAGGGGGUCUGCUGGGAGGAGGAGCAAGUCCAUCAGGUGCGAUAUUCGGACGCAUGGACCUGCUAGGCCUCAACAAGAUUCCAAUCAUCGGCUCUUUAGUAGAUAUUGACCUGUGCAAUGAUUUAACAACGCCUUUCAAUAUGAUGUGCACCACGAACAUGACCAUAAAACUUCCCAGCGCACUAAACUUCGGUGAGUGCAUGAAGAACGUCACAAACCUCUGCAAGAAUCAGGCAGACCUCUUGCCGAACUUUGUUAAUGCAGUUACGUGCCUCGCAAAAAGCGUCCCCAGGGAUAAUAUCAUACCGGCAGUUGUAUGCCAGAUCUUCCACGUCGUUCAACAAAUCCUAGGAUACAACAGUGCCCUUACCGGAACACUCAUGAAAGCAAUCAAUCCUCUGCGGGAUGUGUUGGUGAAGUGUCCGGGCAUGACAGCGACAUGACGGGAUGUCGACUCCAGGGAGCCACCUACCACGUGGUUCUGCUAUGCGAUUGAUCUGAACCUAAUAAAAUGUUACUGAACAAGAAAA